UUGUGCAACUUUUAUGAUCUGUUCCAUGACGUAAUAAAAUACAUACCCGCCUAUUAAAUAUCUAAGUAAGCACGUACAAUCGUCUACUUGGAAAAGCAAUUGUUCUCUGGAUCAUCUUCGUGGCACCGGGCUUUCCUGAGAGUCCUACAGUACCUACCUAGGUACAGUAACUUCAAGAUUCUGUUUCAUUCAAAGGGUCCGUAUAACUAGUAUGACACAAUUGCGUUUGACACGGUUAUUUUUAGUCAUCGUCGAUGGCGUAUCCGUUGGCCAAUGAAUAUUCCAUGUCUAUACUCCACCGAGAUAAUAAUUUUUUUCCACCAAAAUCUCAUAUUGCCCUGGGCUGUGGCUCAAUAAUAACAUCCCAAACUAAAAUGAUAUAAAAACUUGCAGCUUGAUUGAAUAGCUGGGUAUCGCAGUGUUGGAAUCAUGGUUUCGAGCGCGCGAGAAGACGAAGUCGCUUGCAAUGGUGGCUCGGAGACUACACCGCUACUAUCGGAUUCGCAGCCUUUGGAAUCUACAGCUAGAGAUAGCUGGAAAUCAGAAUUAUGGCUGUUAUCACAGUACUCCGUCCCUCUUAUCGCAACCUAUCUUCUUCAAUAUUCCUAUAGCGUCAUCACGACCUUCGUCGCAGGCCAUCUUGGGGCAGAUGAGCUUGCUGCUGCCAGUAUAGGAAUGACCACAAUGAACAUUGUCGGUUUUGCUACUAUUGAAGGAAUGGCCACUGCUCUGGACACACUGUGCGCUCAAGCAUACGGCUCGGGUAAUCUUACCGGAGUUGGAUUGCAUGUUCAGAAAAUGCUGCUUCUCAUGGGUUUAGCUAUCAUCCCGAUCGGUGCUAUCUGGGUAUAUUCCCCGUGGCUAUUAUCGCUCUUCGUGCGACAAGAACAUCUGGCUGUUAUGGCUGGUUCGUUCCUGCGGGUUAGCUUGGUUGGUUUACCUGGUUACGCAUCAUUUGAAGCGGGCAAGCGAUUCCUUCAAGCUCAGGGAGAUUUUAAAGGUGCUAUGAUUGCCAUUCUUCUAUGUGCACCCGUAAACGCCCUACUCAGUUGGUUCUUAGCAUUCAAGUGGGGAAUGGGGCUUGAUGGCGCUGCACUGGGAGUUGCUCUAUCUAAUAAUCUCCGCCCUCUAUUCCUUCUCUUCUACAUAAUGUUGCCAAUAGGGAAAUGGUCGCAUCAAUGCUGGGGAGGGUUCUCACGGGAUGCAUUCGCCAAUUGGGGACCGAUGGUGCGACUCUCUGUUGCAGGUUUUGCGGUGAAUUUGGGGGAAUGGGCCGCUGUUGAAAUCGUAACAUUCAGCACUUCCUAUCUCAGCACGAACCAUUUGGCGGCACAGUCGAUUUUGAUGACAAUUUCGAUUGUAUCAUGGCACAUCCCCUUUUCGCUGAGUGUCGCCAUUAGUACGCGUAUCGGUCAUCUCAUUGGGGCCGGACUUCUUCCAACUGCUCGACGUGCUGCUGUUCUUUAUGCUGUGGUCACGGCGCUGGUUGGGACCGUUGAUGGCUUUAUAAUAUUUGCUCUGAGGAACCAACUCCCACAGUUCUUCUCUGAAGACAAGGCCGUUUAUGAUCUUGCUUCCAAGACCAUCCUUACAGUCGGCGUAUUCCAAAUUAUAGAUGCUAUUAUAUGCUGUACUAAUGGCUUGCUUCGCGGUCUCGGACGCCAAUCCGUGGCCGCUUGGGUAGUUUUCGCUGUCAACUAUCUAGGCGCCGUCCCUUUGGCAAUAUGGUUAGAGUUGGGUUCUCCGGCCUGGGAAUUAAAUGGUGUGUGGAUUGGUCUUGGUUGUGGUAUGGUAUUAAUUGCUACUAUCGAGGGGCUUUAUAUGAAGGCCUUAAGAUGGCAGGAUUGCGUCGCAAGUGUGAAGUUGAGGGAAGGCUUGUAGCUGAAGACCUCAGCGUACCAUCUAGUCCCAUCACGAAAUAUCAAGCGGUUGCCUUGAUGUGGAAAGAGAGUCGAACGCAAUUGGACGCCUGUCAAAAUCCUAAAGCCGAUGCGACGAAAAGGAUUCAUUUUUUCAUGUGCCGGAUGCAAUGCGACUCCGGAUAUAUUGUCGGAUAGACGCAUCGACGGCCCUGUA